GCGCCGAGGGCGGUUGUGCAGCGCCGAGCACGGCGGGGAGGUCGGGCACCGGGCGGGCACCGGGCACACGGGGCGGGCACACACCUGGCACACACAGGGCACGGCCAACCCUCUGGGUCGGUGCCACCCCGAGGCAGGGAGAGCGGCGUCUCCGCCCUGUGCCGGUGUCCCCCGCCGUGCGGGUGUCGCACUGGGGCGUGUGGCACCGUCCCCGCCCUGCCGGUGCCGCCCCGCUGCGCACGGCGGGUAGCGGGAGCCGGAGCAUCCCUCCUCCCUUGCCGCUCGGCCUCGGCCCCGCACCGCACCGCACCGCACCGCCGCAGCGCCCGCGGCACCGGCGCCGCCCGGGCCCUUUAAGAGCGGAGCGGCGGCGGCGGUCCGUGCCCGCGUCCGCUCCCGGCCGUGCCCGCGGCGGCCCCGCACCUGCCGGGGUGUCACUUCCCGUGCCUGGCCGGGACCUGGCUGCUCCGUGCCCACCCUGUGAUGCCACCCCACCCAGCCGCCCCGUGACACAGCCCUCCUCUCGGAGGUGACACGGCAGCUCAAGGGGAUCCCCCAGUGGGGACCUGCCCUGCAGCCACCGCUGUGUUUGUUCCUGUGCUGGCAGAGCCCAAGGAGGCUGUGCCCUUGCAGGCAGAGGCAAAGGCAGGUCUGGCCACUGGCCCCGUGCUGGGGCACAUGAGAGAUGGCCUUCCAGCGGAGCCACAGGCUGAACCUGCUGCGCCUCGUCGUGCUGCUCCUCGUGGCCUUGGCCGGCAUCAAGUUCCUCUUCCGCGACAGCUUUACCCUGGAGCUGCACAAGCACGUCAGCAAGGACAGCGGGUUCUGGGGGGACACGGGUGACACCAUCCUGGACACCGGCCCCCAGAGCCAGGUUGUGAAGAUCCCCGUGGCAAAGAUAACGGCCCCAAGGCAAGAGCCUGGGCAGCAGGUCCCCAGGGAUGCCAGCACCACCGAGAUGAGGCUGGUCCACCUGGACCUCAAGGGAGCUGCGCCCAGGGUCUCCUACCUGGAGCAGGUGUUCCCCCUCCUGUCCCAGCUGGGAGCCAACGGCAUCCUCAUCGAGUACGAGGACAUGUUCCCCUUCAAGGGGGAGCUGGAAAUCCUCAAGUCCCCGUAUGCUUACAGCGAGGAGGACAUCGAGCGGAUCCAGCAGCUGGCCGAGCUCCACAAGCUGGAGGUGGUUCCCCUGGUGCAGACCUUUGGGCAUGUGGAGUUCAUCCUCAAGCACGAGAAGUACCAGCACCUGCGGGAGGUCGAGCGCUUCCCCAACAGCUUCAACCCCCACAUCCCCGACACCCUGGCCCUGCUCAAGAGCAUCUUGUCACAGGUGAUCGAGAAGCACAGGCGCUCCACCUGGAUCCACAUCGGCGCGGAUGAGGUCUUCCAUCUUGGAGAGGGGAUGGACUCCAAGAACUGGAUGAGCCACAACAGGGGUGACACGGGGACCAUGUACCUGAAGCACAUCAAGGAGGUGCUGAGCUUCAUCGCCACGCAGUACAGGGGGCUGCGGGCGCUCAUGUGGGACGACAUGCUGAGGAAGAUCAGCGUGGGAGCCCUGCGGGAGUCCGGGAUAGCAAAGCAUGUCUUGCCCGUGGUGUGGUUCUACGCACCCGACUUCGAGGCUGAGCAGAUCGGGCCAUUCCUCACCAAGUACGCGGAGAGCGGCUUCGAAGCGGUGUGGUUCGCCAGCGCCUUCAAGGGCACCACAGGACCGGCACAGACCUGGCCCCCCCUCAGCUACCACUUGAAAAACCACCUGAGCUGGCUGAAGGUGAUGCAGGCCCUGCCACGGCUGGCCCCGCUGCACUUCCAGGGCAUCGUCCUCACCGGCUGGCAGAGGUACGACCACUACUCGGUGCUCUGCGAGCUGCUGCCCGUCGGCAUCCCCUCCCUGGCCAUCUGCCUGCAGACCCUGGUGAACGGGGGCUUCACAGAAGAGACAAAGAGGAAGGUCCUGGACGCGCUGGGCUUCCAGAGCAUGCAGCUGGAGCAGAGCACUUGUGAGGGCAGGGGAGCAUUCCCUGGCGCGGAGAUCUACCACAUGGUCGAGCAGGUUAAUGGCCACCUGAAGGAGAGCAUCCUUAAAGCCCUGGAGGAGGAAAGCGCCAUUAAAGGCUGGUUCAGCCUCUAUCACCGGAAGCACCAGUUCGGCAACCCCCGCAACAUGGAGAGCUUCGGCAGCAAGGUGCUGAAGCUCCACGAGGACUGGGAGAGCUUCGUCCGUGACCUGCGCACCCACCUGGAGAGGGUCUACUUCCCUGACACGGUGGAGGAGUGGAUGGAGGAGAACAUCAACCCCUACCUGGACCAGCUGCGGGACCUGGUGCGGGACUACCGGGCCAUCAUCCGCCUCAACGCCAGGCCCAAGGUGACAUAGGGGCCAUCCCCCCUGCGGCUCCCACUGCCCCUCCAAGGUGGGCUUUGGGUGCUGCCGUUGAGUGUCUGUGUGCUGGUGACUGCGUUGCUGCUGUUGGUUUGUACUGUACAGAGAGCUCCUGCACAUCCCACUUCCACAAUAAAGUAUUUUCGUAGA